AUGAAGACCAAGCUUCAAGCAUGGAAGCUGGACACAGUUGCAUCAGGUAGAAACUCACACUGUUGGUCUCAGGCUUUAACAGAAAUUGCGCUCUCAAGGAAUCGGCAGCCACAUUCCAGUCUUGGAGGACAUUCUCCCUAUGAGAUUAUGUUUAAUCGAAAGCCCCAAUGGGAGGAGUCAAUACCAAUUCAUUCUCGCCUUCAGCAAACCCUGAACAAUAUUUCUGAGGAAGAGCCAAAUCUAGAGUCUCAUAUUCCGCAUACGAGAAGUGAUGAUCAAGAGCCACAGGCACUAGAUCUAGAAACCCUUCCUGGGUCAAUGGAUGGUAGAAUUGGAAUUCCUUUUUCCUUUGAUGAUUCAGAUCAUAGUGGAAUGUAUGAGGGACACUUGAGUCCUAAUCUUGAGCUGGAAGUGGAGGAACAGGUUCUCAUAAUACCAGAGGUUCCGCACAGCCAAACAGCUACUGAGAAUAUGGUUGUUCGGACCGUACUUGAGGAGGCAAUGCAGACUGAAGCAGCAAAAGCGAGAGCCAGAUCUGCUCAUAAGUACAACAAGCAGCAUACUAUUGAAUGCUUUUCAGCAGGGGAUCUUGUAAGUCUUAAAAUACCAACGGAAGAUUGGGCAGCUACAGAUCCUCCAAGAAUAUUCUCUCGCAUAAUGGCUGAAAGCUAUCCUAAUCGCUACAAACUGCAAGCAGCACAUGGCCUUCUCAAAAACCACUACCCUGUGAAUGCCCUCGUCCGUGUUCCUGAGGCAGCUGGGAUUAAUAUCCCAAUUCCUACCACUAUUAUGUCUACAGAAAUGACACUUCAUGCGGCUGCUGCUCUGAUAUCUACAAGCGACCGAAUUGGCAUUUCCUGUAAUUGCAAAGGUCCUAAAUGUAGUGAAAGAUGUCGGUGCAUUCGGAACAAGGUUCAAUGCUCCGUACAUUGCCACUCACAGGAGUUUGACUGUGCCAACCUCUCCUCUCUCUCAACUCGAACAGAAUUAG